GGCCGAGUGGGUGGCGCCAACAGGCAAUGGCGGCGGCGGCGGUGGUGAGGGGGCUGCUGGCUCGCGCCUGGGGACGCCCAGGACAGAGGGGCUUGACGGGGCGCGGGCCGGGCGAGGAGGUGGAGCGGGCGCAGCGCGCGGCCGAGCAGCCCGGCCUCACCGUCUUCAGCCGCAUCCUGGACGGCUCCAUCCCGGCGCACGUGCUCUACGAGGAUGACCAGUGCCUGGCCUUUCGGGACGCGGCGCCGCAGGCUCCGGUGCACUUCCUGGUGAUCCCGCGCCGGCCCCUCGCGCGCCUCAGCCAGGUGGCCGAGAGCGACGCCCAGUCAUCAACGAGGGCAAGCACGGGGCGCAGUCCGUCUAUCAUCUCCACCUCCACGUGCUGGGUGGGCGCCAGAUGGGCUGGCCGCCCGGCUGAGCAAAGCUGUGCUGUACAGGAGCUGCUCUCAAUAAAGGCCUGCGCUGGGUGGGCUGCAGGGAGCCUUGGGGUCUGUGUGGGCCUCUUUCUUCCCAAGGGUUGCCUUGCUGCCCCUGGCUGAGUGUGGCUGAUGGGGACUUUGGGCCUUUGAUCAGGUCGGGGAGUUGGAAAGUCAGGCAAGGAAACCUCAAAUAACACAAAGUGCCCAGGAGCCCAGCUGGCAGUGACACCCCCCCCCCCCCCCCCGCCUUGGGUCUCACAGCUGGGGCCGGAUUCUGAAGUCGACACCUGGGGAUUGGUGGGUGAGGAAGGGGGUGUCCCUGCUCUGCGGCCAGGAUGGUUUAUUUAUUAAUCAGAUUUCUAGCCUGGUCAGCACUGGAUGACUUGGCAUAUAAAAACCGUAAAAUCAAGAAAUAAAACCCAAAAGAUGAA